GUAGGGAAUCGGAAAGCUGGCGAGCGAGCAACCCUAACCCUAAGGAGGAAGAACUCCCAUAUCCCGCAAGGCCGGCGACAAUGGCGGCGCUUCUUCGACAGGGGGCGAGCAGGAUCGGUGGCUCCGUGCUCCAGAGAACCCAGGCGGCGGUCAGGUCGCCGGCGGUUGCUGAGGAGCGACGCCUGCUCGUGCCAAGGCGCAUGCUCCAUACCGAUAAGCGUGGUCGUUUGGAGCGUGAAAAGGAUCUUGAGGAGCAAAUCAAGCGCCUAAAGCCGCAUCAGAUUUGCUGGGAGUUGAUGAAGAUAUUUCCUGCCAGAAAAAUCUUUAACCUUGUGGCAGGGACAACCGCCGUUAUUACGUUAGCCUCUCUCAAGUACAGUGACGAAGGGUAAGAAGGUCAAGGGGGCAGAGAAGCAGAGCAAGUGAAGAGGGCAGAGAAGAUGCCAGAGCAGUGAAUAAGACGUGGUUUUUUUUAUGUCUCGGAAUGUUAUCCAGCACUAUAUAUUAUCACUAUUCUUGGGAUGUUUAUGAUAUGCUAGUUAGAACUGAGUAUCGCUGAUGAAGCUGCUAUAUGUGUGCUAUCUUGUGUGACAUGGUAUGUUAUCACUUCUAAUUCACGAGUUGUGUGUGUUGGUUUCAACCCCAGAUGGAGAGUGAUUGCUGUUGCUUUGUAUCAUCCUAAAUG